UUUUGACACCACCCCUUUGCUGCAAACGGAAUCGUGCAGGAGUGCUCGGGUGUAAACAAAACUAGAAUACGGCCUUGCGUUCUGCUACGAUCGGAUGCUCAUAUGAAUGGAAAACACGCGUCGCCUCUGGGGCGUUGACAAGGCACAUCGCAGAGAAAAGCGCUUGAAUCGCGUCGCUCAUUCUUUAUCAAUGCCGUUCAACACACUGCCAACGCGGUUGUUAGGUGAAGCGUUAUCCUAAACUGUAUGAUAUUCACUACGAUGGCGACUCCUGCAGAACAGGACCUUGCGUUGGCAGAAGCAUCAGAGAGCAACAAAGAGAGAGCGCAAGUGUUCGGUGUUCUCAGACUGCAGGAGGAUAAAGCGGCCAGCGAGAGAGCCAGCAGCCCUGCCAUGAAAUCUGGAGACGGGAGAUGGCAGGCGCCCAUAUUCGCUUUUGCCAGAAAAGCGUCAGAAACCUUCUCGGGCGGCAUUCACGUUCUCCCCAAAAUGACAGAGCCGAAAACGUCCGAGGAAUGGGGUGCCAAGGCCUUGCGAGAUCCCAUGGCAAUGGAACGAGCAAACUUGCUAAAUAUGGCUAAACUUAGCAUCAAAGGUUUGAUUGAGUCUGCUCUCAGCUUUGGACGAACCCUGGACUCUGACUAUCCUCCUCUACAACAGUUCUUUGUUGUCAUGGAACACUGCCUGAAGCAUGGUCUCAAAGUGAAGAAAUCAUUUCUUGGAUACAACAAGUCAUUGUGGGGGCCUCUGGAGAUGGUUGAAAAGCUGUGCCCAGAAGCAGGCGAAAUCGCAGCCAGUGUACGAGACCUUCCUGGCCUUAAGACGCCUCUGGGCAGAGCCAGAGCAUGGCUGAGACUGGCACUAAUGCAGAAGAAACUGGCAGAUUACCUACGUCUCCUUAUCACCAGGAAAUACAUACUUAGUGAGUUUUAUGAGAGCUCAGCAGUGAUGCUGGAGGAGGAGGGAGCAGUUAUCGUCGGUCUUCUGGUGGGACUUAACGUCAUAGAUGCCAACUUAUGUGUGAAGGGCGAGGACCUCGAUACACAAGUUGGUGUAAUAGACUUCUCCAUGUACUUGAAGAAUGACAUGGAUGACUACAGAAGUGAAGAAAGAAAUGGUCAAAUUGCAGCCAUUUUGGAUCAGAAGAACUAUGUUGAAGAAUUAAAUAGGCAGCUGAAUUCCACACUUCAAGGAUUACAGGGACGUGUGGAGUCAUUAGAAAAAUCCAACUCCAAACUCAUCGAAGAGUUGGCAAUAGCAAAAAACAACAUAAUUAAACUACAGGAAGAGAACCACCAACUCAGGACUGAAAAUUCUGUAAUACUAAUGAAAGCACAACAGCGUCUUGAGCUGGCAGAGGGAGAUUUGAACUGUGAACUGGACACGUACAAGCAGUCAAGGCAGGGCCUAGAUGAAAUGUACAAUGAGGCAAGACGGCAACUUAAAGAGGAGUGUCAACUCAGACAGGAUGUGGAGAAUGAGCUGGUUGUGCAGGUGAGCAUGAAGCAGGAGAUGGAGAUGGCAAUGAAACUGUUAGAAAAGGACAUCCAUGAAAAACAAGACACUUUGAUUGGACUUCGGCACCAAUUAGAUGAGGUUAAAGCCAUCAAUGUGGAGAUGUACCAAAAAAUGCAGUCUUCAGAUGACAGCAUGAGACAAAAAAAUGACAUGAUUGCACGAUUGGAGGAGAAGACAAAUCAAAUAACGGCAACUAUGAAACAGCUGGAGCAAAGAUUGCAGGAUGCAGAGAGAGAACGUUCCAGUGCUGAAGCCGGAGUGCGCAAAUUCAAGCAGGACUUCACUAACAAAGCUGACAGUCUCCAAAAGCAGAUAGCCCAGAGGGAGAAGCAAAUUAUGCAGCUGGAAACAGACUUCAAAAUAGAGAGAGAAUGGCGGCAGACAUUACAGAAUGAAUUGGAAAGAGAACGAGAGACCAUUGCCCAGCUCACUGCUGAGGCCCAGCAAAUCAGCAGACUCAAAAAAGAAUUUCACAGGUUGCAGGAUGAGAACACACAGCUGAAGGGAAUUUGUGAGGAGCAUGAGCAGGCACUGGAAGAGUUGGGCUGCAAACUCAGCGAGUCAAAGUUGAAAAUUGAAGAUAUAAAAGAAGCAAAUAAGUCACUUCAGGGUGGACAGGUUUGGCUGAAGGAUAAAGAUGCUACACACUGCAAGCUUUGCGAGAAGGAAUUUUCAAUUUCAAGAAGAAAGCACCACUGCAGGAACUGUGGAGAGAUCUUCUGCAAUGCUUGCUCAGAUAAUGAGCUGCCGCUCCCUGCUUCACCAAAACCUGUGAGAGUCUGCGACACCUGCCACGCUCUGCUUCUGCAGCGCUGCUCCUCCAACGCCACAUAAGACAGAAAUAACAGUGCACAAUAACAAAAGCUAAUAUGAACUUUAUUUGGGACAUUGCGCGGUCUUACAUUGUGUCACGCUAUAACAAAGUGACCAAAAUGGAUGCACCUGUUUUUUCAUGGUUGAAGUUUACAUUUCACACAGGAAUAAGCCUGUUGCCCCAGAGCAGAUUUAACAACAGCUCUAUAAUGUUUGUGCAGUUGGCCAAAGCAGUGUUUGGCACUUAGUGUGCCCAAAGAAAGAUGAACUGAAGUUUACAAAUUGGUUAUAAAUCAUGACUCUGGGCAGUAAGUAGCUGAAUUUCAGAUUGGAUUAUUUUAAGCACAGCAUUCCCACACAUGCUGGAAAUAUACUUUUGAUACACGAAGGGUGAACAGGAUUCAUUCUUCACGUCACAUGUCGAAAGUUAACACAAUUACUAAAUAGGAUAUUUUCUAAAACAUUAUUUUAAAUUCAGUUGAAAGACAUUAAUUUGUGCCAUUUCAUUUGUGUUUAACAAGCCAAACUGACAAACAGGGAUUUUACACAAUUGUUUCCCUGGUUAGGUGCGAGUUGAAAAAUCUGUAUACACAAGUAAACAUGUUGUCAGUGCUGCUCAAGUACAAUUGAGUUGGAUUCACAUCAGAUAGCACAGAAAAUCUUGGUGUUAAUUCACACUAGCAGGUUUACCUUGGUACAGAACGGGAAUGUUACUCACUUUGGAGUACUUUGCUGACUUGCCUUGAAUAUGCUGACAUUUCCCUUGAAUAGUUGGAGCUAUUCAAAAUCCAGUGGUUAACUUAUACAGUUGUGGUCAAAAGUUUACAUACACUUGUAAAGAUCAUGUAUAUCAUGGCAGUCUUGAGUUUCCAAUGAUUUCUACAACUCUUAUUUUUCUGUGAUGGAAUGAUUGGAACACAUACAUCUUGUCACCAAAAACAUUCAUGCAUUUUGUUCUUUUAUGAAUUUAUUAUGAGUCUUCCUGAAGUAUGACAGAAUCUGAUGGGUCAGAUAUAUACAUACAGCAACUUGAAUUUUGGUGAUGUAGAAACUUUGCUUUGUGGCAUGGCCUGUUAAAUUCUUGUGAGUGAUUAUGAUUGACUACAGCUGGUGACUUCUCGGAGCCCAUUUAAAUAGGGCUGGUUUGAUAGACUCAGCCACAAACGCUACAGUGGGAAAGUCUAAGGAGCUCAGCAUGGAUCUGAAAAAGUGGAUCAUUGACUUGAACAAGUCAGGAAAGUCACUUGGAGCCAUUUCAAAGCAGUUACAAGUCCCAAGAUCAACUGCAAACAGUUAUUUGUAAGUAUAAAGUGCAUAGCAUAGUUCUGUCACUGCCAUGAUCAGGAAGAAAACGCAAGCUAUCACCUGUUGCUGAGAGAAUAUUGGUCACGAUGGUCAAGAGUCAACCAAGAACCACCAAAAGGCAGGUCUGUAAUGAAUUAGAAGCUGCUGGAACACAGGUGUCAGUGUCCACAGUCAAGCGGGUUUUACAUCGCCAUGGGCUGAGAGACUGCCAUGCAAAGUGGAAGCCCUUGCUCCAGAUGCGGCACCUUAACGUUAGACUGAAGUUUGCUGCUGAUCAUCUGGACAAAGAAAAAGCCUUUUGGAGAAAAGUUCUGUGGUCAAAUGAAACAGAAAUUUAGUUAUUUGGCUACAAUGACCAGAAAUCUGUUUGGAGGGGAGAAGGUGAGGCCUUUAACCUGAAGAACACCAUACCUACCGUCAAGCAUGGUGGUGGUGGUAUCAUGCUCUGGGGCUGUUUUGCUGCCAGUGGAACUGGUGCUUUACAGAAAGUAAAUGGAAUAAUGGCGGAUUACCUCCAAAUUCAUAAGGAAAUGCUAACACUAUCAGCCAGAAGGUUGGGUCUUGGAUGCAGUUGGGUGUUCCAACAGGACAAUGACCCCAAACACACAUCAGAAAUGGUAAAGGAAUGGCUAAAUCAGGCUAGAAUUAAGAUUUUAGAAUAGCCUUCCCAAAGUCCUGACUUAAACCCCCACGUUCUCAUUGACUGCUGAAUAAACAAGUCUGUGUCAGAAAGCCAACAUUUAGUUGAACUGCACCAAUACUAUCAAGAGGAGUGGUCAAAGAUACAACCAGAAGCUUGUGGAUGACUACCAAAAGCAUCUAAUUGCUGUGAAAAGGACAUUCAACCAAAUAUUAGCAUUGCUGUAUGUAUAUGUCACAUUUUCAGAAGACCCUUAAUAAAUUAAUAACAGAACCAAAAUGCAUUAAUGUUUUUUGUGGCAAAGACAUAUGUGUUCCAAUCAUUCCAUCACAGAACUAUGAGUUGUAGAAAUCAUUGGAAACUCAAGACUGCCUUGAUAUACCUGUUCUUUGCAAGUGUAUUUAAACUUUUGACCACAACUGUAAAUGUGAUUUAUGUAUGAAUCUGUACAUAUGCCUUAAUCCACUAAAGUUUAUUUCAAUUCCA